AACGCCUUGAGCUGGGCGCAAUUGCCCAACAGAGCCUCAUUCACGGUCGAGGCUGUCGGCUUGAUCGGUGGUCGAUAUCAGCCCCGAUGCUUCCCUGCCGUGUGUGGCGGUUGCACGACAUGCCGUUGGGCUGUAAUGGCGCCGUACUGCUUGAGAGCCUCAGUCCUCGGUGCCAAUCGAUCAUGAAAGGCUUUAUCCAGAUGAGCAUAUAUCCGAGAGAUGUUCUUCGCCAGAAAAUGGUCAUAUUGCUAUUUUAUUACUGCUUUACUCUAACUCUCCCAUGCCACUCGAUAUUGGUGCUUUUCUCCAGAGAGAAAUUGGGAUAUGGAUAACCCUGCAGUGACUGAGUUGUUGAAGUCCAAUGAGAAGCUUUACUCUACUCAUGAGUUCUCAGAUCUCACCAUCCUAUGCUUGGGGAGGACUCAUCACGUACACAAGGCGAUUGUGUGCCCUCGGUCUCGCUUUCUGAAGAAUGAGUGCUUAAGGUCUCCUCAAAGGCAAUCGACCGAUAAUGCAGUUAUCGAGCUCCUCGAAGCUGACCCGAAGGCUCUUGACGCCGUUAUCCAUUUCUUCUAUCAUCUCGAUUACCCUUCUGAACCAACCCUGCUACCAUCUGAAGACGACACCCAGGCAGCUUUCACGGCUGAUGGCCUCAAUGGACACCAGACCCACGAUGAAGGCGCCACCGCUCUCAAAGCUGAGGAACCAGCAUCAUCACUUGACGAUUUCCUCCCCAUCUCGGUGUCCAAGAAUGCCACAAAGCAGCGCAAGAAACGGGCUCGAAGGAAGUCUAUGACUCGAGGCCCGCUUGACCCACCUGGCACGAUGACAGAAGUCAUCGUGCUGCCAGACUCGGUUAGCGGCGACCGGGAGGAGGGUGCGUCCCUCGUCCAGCCGCCGGUGGUCGUCAACGGCGCGGCACAUACACCACCGAGGUCACCAACGCCCGACAGCAAGGAGCACAUCAUAGCCUUCCACGCAACGGUGUACCUUCUCUCCAAGGAGCUCGGCAUUGACUCGUUGCAGGCGCUCUCACUGGUCAAGUUCGAGGCUGAUGUGGAAGAGCACUGGUCCUCGGACGAGUUCAUUGGUGCAGCAAAAGAGGUGGCGUCUAUCCUUCCUAAGGAUGGAAGUGACGACGGCAAGAUCAGAGAGGUGAUCCUUGACGUUCUCUGCAAGCAUCUUGAACUUCUCAACAAGGAGGGGAUCGAAGGGGUCAUCCGAGGCCUUGACCUGGGAUAUGAUAUUCUCAAGCAGUUGAACAAGCGUGGUCUCAUUUCUAAUGCUGAGUAAUUCACGGACUUUCUCUCUGUGUCAGGAUGUCGGUGGAAGGAAAACGCUGUCGGGUAGAAACCUUCCAUGGACAGUCGAGGCCUUGGUCCCGAGCUCAAGUAACCGAGCCCCUCUUGUCGAAAGGUGAGCAACGUCAGCAUUUGUCGAGACGGCCAAUCCUCUCCCCAAAAGGAAGCACACAUGUGAGGGGAUCUCAGGCACCAAGUUGAACCUGCAUGCGGAAGGAAAAUUAGGAUUCCUUUCUCAGGGCCAAGUCUGAGGUGAGACUGAAAGGUGCACACUUUCUUGUGUCAUGACAUUAUUGGAUCGACAAUGAAAAGUAGGUUUCUCCAUCCAGAUUAUUGUCAGAAACAUCUGAUUCUGCCCGUCUUGUGCGUUGCUUUGUGGGACUCCUUUUUGGAAAUUGCGAAACUGCAGGUUUUCCCCGCUACCUCGCCUCUGAGUCGACUCGAGAGAGGCCCGAGUUAAGUUACGGAUGUAGAGGCACACUUCCAUCACGGAAUCAUGGUGUUGGCGUGAUAGGUAGUUGUUGUGCGACAUAUAUGCUUGGCUUAUUUCCCUCGAUGAUCUCACGUAACUCCAAAUUGGUGGAUCGCGAGAUCCACAACGUGAGGAUUUGCGCAAAGCCAUGAUGUUUGGCGAACAAUAGCGCUCGGAUUCCAUCGGAAUUGCCUCGGAUCUCGCCCAGAACAGUAUGAC